AUGCCUUACCUUCACGAGUACGACUACAUCUUCGCCAUUGGUGUCAUCUUCGCCGCGCUCGAUGCGUUCAACAUCGGUGCCAACGAUGUCGCCAACUCCUUCGCGACUUCGGUCUCGUCGCGCUCCCUCACGAUGAGGCAGGCGACCUGCUUGGCCGCCAUCUGUGAAUUCUUAGGAGCUGUACUCGUCGGAGCCAAGGUUUCCGGCACCAUCAAGAACGGUAUCAUUUCUCUCUCCACUUUCGACAACAACCCGGGUGUCCAGAUGCUCGGCUUCACUUGCGCCCUUGUUGCCUCUGCCACUUGGCUCAUGAUCGCCACCUACAACUCGUGGCCUGUUUCCACCACCUACUCCAUUGUCUCUGCCCUCGCCGGCGUCGGUGUUGCCCUCAAGGGUGCUGGCGCUGUCCAGUGGGGCUGGAACAACGGCAAGGGUCUCGCCACCAUCUUCGCCGGCUUCGGUAUUGCCCCGGCCAUCUCUGCCGGUUUCGCUGCCGUGGUCUACCUGAUCACCAAGUUUGCUGUUCUUGACCGCAAGAACUCGCUCAAGAAGGGCCUUAUGCUCUCCCCCUUCUACUUCUUCACUGUCAUUGCUGUCCUCACCAUGUCUAUCGUCUACAAGGGCUCACCCUCCCUCAAGCUCGACAAGCUGCCUGAGGUCACCAUCGCCCUUGCGAUCGUCCUCACCGCCCUCGUCGUUUCCAUCCUUGCUAUCAUCUUCUGGAUCCCCUACGUCUACUGCAAGGUUGUUCGCCGCGACUACACCCUCCGCUGGUGGCACUUCCCCCUCGGCCCCCUUCUCUGGAAGCGCCCUGCUCCCCCCGCCCACGAGGACCCCAACCACCAGCACGUCCAGGACUACCGUGUUUACGGCCGUGACGACGAGCGCCCUGCCGGCACCACCUCCGAGACUGUCGCUGUUGUUUCCCCUCCUGUCGCUGGUGCCGAGUCUGGCAACAACUCGAUCGAGAACGAGGCCGAGAUUGAGGGCAAGGCUUGGGGUUCCGAGAAGGACGUCGAGGCUGGUGAGCCCCAGCUCCACAACCAGCCCGCUCCCGCCCAGCCUGCCCGCCUCGCCGAGCUCGAGCAGGAGGACCAGCACAAGAUCGAGGGCUCGUGGUUCCUUCCCCAGAACCUCUGGAUCCUCAUCCGCUACAAGAUCCCCGGCAAGCUCCUGAAGGGCUGGAACUUCGAUGUCCACGAGGCUCAGAAGGGCAAGACCGACAAGGAGGCCGCGCGUAUCCGCGAGAUGCACGAGAACGCCAACCAGUACGACAACGAGACCGAGCACAUGUACUCGUACCUCCAGGUCAUCACUGCUUGCACCAACUCUUUCGCCCACGGUGCCAAUGAUGUCGCCAACGCUGUUGGCCCCUUCUCUGCCAUCUACUACGUCUGGUCUAAGGGUGUUGUCACCCCCAAGGACACGCCCACCCCCACCUGGGUCCUCGUCUUCGGUGCUGCCAUGCUCGUCAUCGGUCUCGCCACCUACGGCUACAACAUCCUCCUCGCUCUUGGUAACCGCCUCACCCUCAUGUCGCCCUCGCGUGGUUUCUCGAUGGAGUUCGGCGUUGCCAUCACUGUCCUCCUCGCCUCGCAGUACGGUAUCCCCGUCUCGACCACGAUGUGCAUCACUGGUGCCACCGCCGGUGUCGGUCUUGUCUCCGGUGGCCCUAAGGCUGUCAACUGGCGCGCGUUCGGCCACAUCUUCCUCGGCUGGGUCCUCACCGUCCCCGUCGCCGGUGUCGCCGCCGGCUGUCUCUGCGGUCUCUUCAUCAACGCUCCCCACUGGUAA